AUGGUCCUCGAGUUAAGUUGUGCUGAGGGGGUGCAAAAAAACACCCCUUUUGGCUGCAGCUUCCACCUUGCUACCCCUGACUACUCAAAGUUUGCUCCAUCCCUCCUGACUAACCUGACCUCCAAGCACAAGCUGUGGCUGUUGAACCAGAGGGUACAACCUGUGCUGAGGAAUGCAGACGUUGACCAUGGUGGAGUCAGCAAACCCUUGGGGGAGCCUCGUCCCUCCUCGACACAGGAGAAGGUUUACAUGUUCAGGAGCUCCCUAACUGGUAUACUCAGUUGUGUCUAUGCUGUGUUCAUCGUUACUCUUGGAGUGGUCAUUUACGUCAGUGACAUGGUGACCGGGGAGGCACCACUAGCAGAAGUUUUCAGCAUCUACUUAGUAGUUGUUGGACUCAUAUACUUUGUUUUCCUCUAUGGUGAUAUUCGAAGAUAUCUCAACAGGGUAAAAGUGCAAGACAGAGGUUCCCCUCAAAAAGAUGAUCUCUCGCUGACUGUAGAGACUCAACCGUCCUCUGUGGAAUGGACUUCCCUCCCCUCAGCUGACAGUUACCCCCCACUACCCCACCACUACUGCUUCAGCCAGGGGCGCCACUCCGGCAGCUUCUAUCUUAAAAUUGGGGCUGCAGGUUUCUGCCUGGGUCACCUGACUCACAGCGGGUUGUUGUUGGCGUAUCAGAUAGCCUCGCUGCAGGCUGACCCAGCUGCCUUCUACCGCUGUGCCAGUGUCGCUACCCUAGCUUUGGACGUCCUUUACCCUACCUACUCAUUCUGCCAACUGUUCUUCAUCUUCAAGUACUCAAAUGUUAUAAUCAACCACUGCCAGGAGCUAGCUAGGUUCGCUAUGAUGCACUGCAUAGCAGCCUCCCUUUGUUUCUGGGUAUGGACCAUUCUCAGAGAGACGCUGGACUCUCUACACCAUGUGGACCCGGAACUACCUCUCACGCCGUACGCACUCCCUCUCAACACCUAUCAGAUUACUUUUCUCAAUACAAGUUCAUCAGUCAACAAGUGUAGAGGACCUACGCAGUUGUCUGAGGUCUUUGAAAGUUUCUCUCCGUAUCUCUAUCCUUUCACCAUCGAGUAUAGCAUACUUGUAGUUGGUGUACUGUUCAUGAUCUGGCAGAACAUCGGCCACUGUGAGAAGUCAGAGUGGUGUCACCCUCCUCCGUUGUCCCGAGGUAGUGGCUUUGUCAGCAAUGUUGUCAUCUACGCGGACUGUCACUCCUCCAACAAAGGAUUGUUUGCUGGCCUCAUUGUAUUGGCUGGAGCUUUCCUCAGCAUAAUACUCUUCUUUGUCGCCAUGGCUGACAGACGCUACAUAGACGUAGGUCUACAAGUCAACGCUGCCACAGAGUUGACCCUGCUAGUGCUGCUGACUGGUGGCACGACCCUGGCCUACCACAAGAUCACGCGACUAGACGUCAACCGUCGCCCUGUGUCUCAGCUGGACGAUCUGUUGCUGUUUGUGUGUAUUCCUGCAUUCUUCUUACAAGCUAUCCUGGGCCUUACCCCAGCUGUGCGCAACAGCCAGUACAUCCCCAUCCUCACUAUUCUGCUACAGGUGGUACAAGUUCUACUCCAGACACCAUUUAUCAUGGACGGAUUGCGGAGAUGCAGCAACUCUCGCAGUUUGAGACUGGAGAAGCCCGGGAGGGAACUGGUAACUUUCCUGAUUGUCUGCAACGUAGCGAUGUGGAUCACAGAGACUUUCGAGAUCAAGUCUCAGUCUACCAGUAGAGACUACCGCUCGCAAUUCUACGGACGAGUGUUGUGGACGAUGUUGAGUCACUUGACACUUCCUCUUACGAUGUUUUAUCGCUUCCAUUCCUCCGUUUGUCUUGUCGACAUAUGGAAAUCCGCUUAUGAGAAAGGCUACUGAGAAUGUGUUCAUACAUUGAUGGAUUGGUUAGGUAGUGACCUGUUUUGAAAAUUUACAUAUAGACUAAUUUUAAUGAUAGGAUAGUGAUGAACCAUAAGAAAGCAAAAUUUAUGACUUUCACCAAAAUUUUAUACCAAUGCUUCAGUGCUUGAUAUCCAAGUAGAGUGCCUACCAGCAGGGAAUUCUGGAAAAUUUUGGGAAAAGUCGGAAAUUUUAAAAAGCUUGGAACAGUCGGGAAAAAGUAAUGAAUUUA